UCUGUGAUAGUCGUUCUACACUAAAUUUAGUAAUUCAAUACGAAUAAAAUAAUAAUUUUUGUUUGAGAACAUUUGUGGUUUAAGUCAAUUUGAAAACGAAAAAGUCUAAGAAAAAUCACAGAUAAAAACAACAAAUCACACUCAAGGUUAUUUACAGAAUCACGAAAAUACAAUAGUUUCGUCCUAAGACCUCGUACAUUUUGAUAGAAAGCAUGUACAUCUAAUUCUGCAAAGCGGGUCAAACAUGCCGAACAAUUUAAAGUGUAAGAUAAGAAGAGAAGUAAAAAAUACGUCCGCAUUGUAUGAAUUUAGAACACUUUUUGACAUUUGGAAAUAUAAAACAUGUCUAUGAAUACUAAUGAAGGAAAAAUUCACUUUCUGAACCUGAUAAAUAUUACUCAUAUAGAAUGUCUGAAAAAUCGUUCUCGACAAGUGAACUAAUUGAUUUAGAAUUUAUUAACCUUACCUACGAUGUGCGUAGCUUUCAAAACGAUUUCAAAAUAAAGAAAAAAAUAAUUCUUAAUGAAAUUAGCGGCAAGUUUCCUAGUGGUAAAUUAUGUGCAAUAAUUGGAAGUUCAGGGUCUGGUAAAUCUACAUUGCUAAACAUCUUAUCAGGUUACAAAACAACUGGUUUUACUGGAAAAUUUUUUACAAACAAUAAACCUCGAGAGUUGAAUAAAUUUAAAAAACAGUCCUGCUACAUUACACAAGAAGAUUACCUUCAUGAAAAUUUUACAGUUAAAGAAGCAAUGGAAUUUGCUAUAAAAUUGAAAACAUCUGUUAUAUCGCUAAAUAAAUUAAAAUAUAAAAUGAUAAAUAUCAUUUUAAAACAAUUAAAUCUUAAUUUGUCAUGUGAUACGUUAAUCAAAAAUUUGUCUGGUGGUCAGCGAAGAAAAUUAUCUAUUGCGUUAGAAUUGAUUCAUAAUCCUUCAGUUAUGUUUUUUGAUGAACCAACUAGUGGAUUAGACAGUUUGUCAACAAAGCAAGUCGUUCAAAUUUUAAAAGAAUUUGCUAAUAGUGGACGUACAAUCAUUUGUUCAAUACAUCAAGUUUCAGCAAAUGAAUUGCAGAUGUUUGACUCUUUAUAUAUACUUUCUAUGGGUGGUUAUUGUAUUUAUCAUGGAUCAACUUCAUUAUUACCUAAUGCUCUUGCUAAACAAGGGUUAGUGUGUCCUAUGUACCACAAUAUAGCAGAUUUCAUUAUUGAAGUGAGCUUAGGAGAAUAUGGAAGGAACCAUGCUUAUAAUUUGAUGAAAUCUAUUGAAAAUGGAAAAUCACCAUUGUGGGAAAGUAGUAAUAAUGACUUGACAGAAGUAAAACUUCAAGAAAUUUCAAAAUCUACUGAAAUCAUUGGUAAAAAAGUUCAUACAUCAAAAGUGAACAAAGAUUGUAGGAAUUCAAUUCAGUUUAUUGUUCUUUUGCAUAUGAUUUUGCUUAGUAUGAAGAGAAAAAAAUUUUACAUUACAAGAUUACUUGCAUACUUAUUUCUUAGUGUCAUGUAUAGUUCAGUGUACUAUGGAAUUGGAAAUAAUGCUUCAUUUACUUCUGAUAAUGUGAAAUUAUUGUGUAAUUUGUUAUUGUGCAUGUCAUUUACUUCAAGUGUAACUAUGCAAAUCAGUUUUUGCUCAGAACUUAAUGUACUUACAAAAGAACACUUCAAUCAAUACUAUGGAUUAUUAACAUAUUAUAUUAGUUAUACAGUAGCUGAUUUAGGUCUUCAGAUUUUAUGUACUAUACUUUUUAGUUUAAUUGUAUAUUAUUUUACUGAUCAGCCUCUUGAGCUAUUGAGAUUUGGAUCCUUCUUAUUAAUUAUGAUAAUGGUUGGAUUAUUAUCACAGAUGGCUGGUUUGCUUGUAGGAAUAUUAUUUAGUAAUCCGUUGUUUAGUACACUACUUGUUACACUCAUUGUCAAUACUUGGGUAAUGUUCACUGGAAUAUUAGUUAAGUUCUCUGACACUCCUAAAAGUAUUCAAUGGUUAUUUGAUGUUUCUUAUUUGAAACAUGGUUUGGAAGCAAUAAUGCAUAGUAUUUAUGGAUUAAAUAGAUCAAAUUUAAAUUGUUCUGAAAUAUUUUGCUAUAGUAAAUCACCAUCAAAAGUAUUAGAAAGUAUGGACAUGUCAGUUAACAAAUAUUGGUUUAAUUUUUGGGUCAUCACAAUUAUGUAUCUUUUUAUUAAAAUUUUAACUUAUCUCAUAAUAAAAAGAAAAUUUACAUAUCGCUAGUGAGAGUUCAAUACACAUACUAUUUUAUUUUUUAUUUUACGGCCAGCUAAAUAGUUGUUGAAACUAUUUUAUUACUUUAUGAUUACUGUAUUAUUAAUUUUAAGACAUUUUUUUACCAAUUAGUAUUAUGAUUAUGUUUUUCAAUGAACAUAUUAUAAAGCUGUAUAGUUUUAAUAUAGUAUCUGUUGAAUUUUUGU